AUUACACUUUCCAGGCUCUUCUUCCUCCCGAUCCUUCCCCAUCAAUCCUCACCAUCAACUAGCUUGAUAACCCACAUCUCUCGAUCAUUUCCAGCUCAACCACUCCCGGCCUUCUUCCUCGAUCAUCGCCUGUUCAUUGACACGUCUUCUCUUCUCCCCAAUGCCGAUAUCUCCUUACGCAAAUUCACCAGUAUCCUGACCCUCUCUCACACUCCUACAAGAACGUACGUGGCGACAUCCGCGCCCAAGGACAGCAAGAAAGACAACCAUGCCCUCAUCACUCCAACCAUGAUCACUAUCCCAUCGUCCGCUCUUGAGACUUUUACUCAACUGGUCGGAACGAAACUGCAGCCACAAUGGGCACACCGACAGUCACUGACAUUGGAAAAUGGCACCUCUCUAUCCCUGAGCAAUGGCGAAUGGACUGUCCGUCUCGGCGACCUCAAGAUCCCUAGUCGUCCAAACCAAGCAGGUAGCACGAUUCGGGCCUUGGUGUUCGAGAUCUCCUACAACGCCGACUCCGACGAGGAUUCCUCCGGCAGCGAUACCGAAGUGCACAAGGAUGACGAGGGAAUGAUCCGAAGUUUUCUCGAAUCUCUGCUCGACGGUACGGCUGUACGGAUCGACAAUUCGACUAACAGCCGAGACUUGUUCCGUAAGACUGGCAUGAGAGUUCAAGAUAGCACAAAGUCCCCUUCAGUCGCCGACUUUUCUUUGGCGACCCUGUACAUGGACAUGUUGCGAGGCUCGCGG